UUGGGGGGGUACUAAGUCUUUGAAAUACACUCUAGUGUGUAUUUUACACAUAGAGCACAUCUCAAUUCAGAUACAAAGUUUUCAUUUGAACUACUUGCUCUAUAUUUAGACAUAAAAUUUAUAGGUGAAAAAGUGGAUUAAUGCACGCUAACUGUUCCAAACAUACUUGAAAGUUUUCAGAAAACUAAACUAUCAGCUUUUAAGUUUAACUAGAUUAAACUUAGUAAAUGGAUUAACUAGUAAAACGAAAAAUGCAGUUUCUCGAUGAUACUAGUCACAUUUCAAGUGUUCAUUUACACAAUGUGUCUGGUGGCUACCUCAAUGGACAGUUUUAGCAAUGCUGGGAGGGUCUCUCUAAUAGCUCCUUGCCUUUUGUGACACCUGUGGGAAGCAGGGCCAGGGGAACUUGGCUUUGCUAGUUAAACCAGCCUCACUUUUUUGUGCUAGAAGUUUGUAGGGAAAGAGAGUGAAACGAGGUGAUUCAGCACAGUCUCCCUAUUUUCCCAAUGGUGAGACUGAAGCUCAGAAGGGCCAGUUUAGCUCCAGUCACCUGUGGUAGAGCCACAGCCAGAACUGCUGCUGUGGAUGACCAGGCCCCUUUCACCCUCCCCAGGAACUCCAUUCUGUGUUCUUCCCAUGGGUGUCAGUAGAUGUGCCAUGUAAACACCAGCAGUAGCUUGGGUGAGAUGAAGGACGAGCUCCUCCUUCACUUGGCUGGGCUUCUCAACACUCUAUUGCCCAAGGUUGGUUGUCCUUGCAGAGAUAUGGGACAUUUGGAGGCAGCCUCUGACUUUGGGAAACCAAAAGAGCACUGACUUGUACUGCUCCCUAGAAAGUUCCUCCAGAGAAGCCUUUCCUGUAGCUGACUUGCUAUUUGUGUAUAUUCCAGGCAGAAGCUGCCUUCCUGGGUUUGGAGCUGUGGCCAGAGGGGGCAAUUUGCAUGUGGGAACCCAGCAGCUGCCAGAACUGCAGUGGCCCCAGCAAUGUUUUCGGCCUUAUAGCUGCCAGUUAUCUGACCUGGGCCCCAGUGCCUUACUCUCAUGCAGCAUCACAGGGAUAAUGACCCUUCUUGCUUUUCACCUAAGUUGAUAAGCACCCUGUGCACUUUAAUCUCCUGUCAGUACCAUCGGGCCAACUGAAGACAAGGUUUUGAAAUCUCAGCUGUAAAAGACAUCCAGCCAAACUCUCAGUCUUGCCUUAACAAUGUUCCAGAGGCUGAAUAAAAUGUUUGUGGGUGAAGUCAGUUCUUCCUCCAACCAAGAACCAGAAUUCAGUGAGAAAGAAGAUGAUGAAUGGAUUCUUGUUGACUUCAUAGAUACUUGCACUGGCUUCUCAGCAGGAGAAGAAGAAGAAGAGGAGGAGGACAUCAGUGAAGAGUCACCUACUGAGCACCCUUCAGUCUUUUCCUGUUUACCGGCAUCUCUUGAGUGCUUGGCUGAUACAAGUGAUUCCUGCUUCCUCCAGUUUGAGUCAUGUCCAAUGGAGGAGAGCUGGUUUAUCACCCCACCCCCGUGUUUUACUGCAGGUGGAUUAACCACUAUCAAGGUGGAAACGAGUCCUAUGGAAAACCUUCUCAUUGAACAUCCCAGCAUGUCUGUCUAUGCUGUGCAUAACUCCUGCCCUGGUCUCAGUGAGGCCACCUGUGGGACUGAUGAAUUACAUAAUCCAAGUAGUCCCAGAGUGGAAGCUCAAAAUGAAAUGGGGCAGCACAUUCAUUGUUAUGUUGCAGCUCUUGCUGCUCAUACAACUUUUCUGGAACAACCCAAGAGCUUUCGUCCUUCCCAGUGGAUAAAAGAACAUAGUGAAAGACAGUCUCUUAACAGAAAUAGCCUUCGUCGCCAAAAUCUUACCAGGGAUUGCCACUCUCGGCAAGUCAAGCACAAUGGCUGGGUUGUUCAUCAGCCCUGCCCGCGUCAGUACAAUUACUAAGAAUUUUAAGUUUUAUUGGUUGGUUUCUCUUGGUUUGUGCAUAUGUGUAUGGAUGUGUGUAUAUGUACAAUGAAAGUGUUGUCUCUUUACAACCAAUUGAUAACCAAUCAGUUUUAUCAGUGUAUUUAGACACUAUCUUGAAAACCAGAUUUAUAUGCUGUGUAUCACAUAAUGCCUUGCCUUUAACAUUUACUUUUUUGUACACUUUUUCAGAUUAUUUCUGGAAACAUAUCAAUAUAAUUACAGUGUUUGGUGUUUGGGGGUGUCUUUAAAUCUAUUAGGAUGUACAUUAGUCAGCAUUUUAAAGACAUUUCUUCCCAAGUACGAGAAUAGGCAUCUUUCAUUUUCAUUUUAUUUUGUAUUAAUCUUUUGAGCAAGCAAAAAUUUAUUCUCAGGGUCAGCUAUACACUUUAUUGACCAGUACUUGAUAAUCUCUCUGUAUAUGAUGAAUACAUUUUUACACACUAAUAUGAGCAUUAACAGGUGAUAGUUGCCAUGGAUAUAAUGGAAUUAUGGCUGGACUUUCUUUUGAAAGAAAACGAUGUAUUCUGUGCGUAUGGUUUUUCCCCAGAUUAGUCAUGCAGUUCAUCUGGAAUUCAGGUACAUUAAGCUUUAGUGAAGAGUGCAUUCAGUGAUUCCAAUGUGACUGCAUGACAUGGUACAGACAUUACAGGUGUUGUAGACAGAGGCACUUGUCCCGUGCAGAGGGAUUAAAUUAGACCUGUGAAAUUUUAUUUGGAAAAAUUCAUGUCUGUAACUAACCCAUUAGUGCAGUAUUUAAUUUGUUACGAUUCCUUCCUGCCAAUUCUGCCCACUCCUCACCUUGCUCUCAACUAUAAAUUCGGAAAUACUUGUCCAGGCACUUGAGUGACUUCGUAUUUCUCUCUGCCCAUGGGAAAAGAGGUAGGCUUUAUAUUUCCACACAGAGUGAAAAAUCCUCUGUCAUGGAGCCUGUCCUGCCAAGUGGCAAGCAAGGGUGUGGGGGAAUGUCUGCUGAUGUCUUUCAUGGUAUCUGAGUGAAGAGUGACAGGUUGGCUCAACUUUUUUCUUUUUCUUUUUAAAUUGCCUUGUAAGUAUUCUUCUCUGCAGUCCGAAUGACCUUUUUUUUUUUUUUUUUUUUUUAACUUCAGGCAAAAUCUUUAACCACUCUGGCCUCUGUUUCCCCCACCAACAGGGGAGCAGUGACAUUUACCUCCCUCACAGAGUCACUGUGAGGAUUCUAUACUGAUUUGAAGUGGGGCUGUUCAGAACUGAACCUUGUAGGAAAUUCCAAGGGCCUUUCUACUGAAUCUGGUGAUGGGGUGGGGCCGUGGCACUUUCUCUGCCACAGCUGUUCUUCACAGUGUUGGUGCUAAUGAGGCCAGGGUGCAGGGUUCGAUUCACACGUUGGCCAGUUAACUUAGAGAAAAUCUAUUUCCUUACCUCUAACCAGUCACUUCCUUUUUCCGCAGUUGUGAUGGGUUUUGCUGAGCCAUCCACUCUGACUGAUUUCCUCUGAAGUAAACACAUUCACAGUCCAAAGCAAUUCUACUGACAGAAGUGUUGCCUACAUAAUCAAACAGCUUGUUUUUCCAUCUCCUCUGCAACCCUAAUUAAAUGAGUACAGGUCUGUAAAAUGUUUUCAAGGAGAAAAGCAGCAUAUACUUAUGUGAAGUAUUAUAUUUUUCAAUAACCCUGUAGUGGCUUGAUGCAGGGAACCCUGGGAGACUUUCAGGGAAGAGCUGUGCUCUUCUCUGACUAGACUAGAGCGUUUGGAGUGGAAGAGGUCAAAUGUGUAGUUAGAUGGAGGUUUUACAUUGUUCUUCUACUGGCUGUGAUGAAGUGCCAGAAUGUCUCCUUAGAACAAGAGUCUAGAUCCCCCCUUUCUCCUUAUUGCCCUUUCUGUUUUGACUUCCCCUUUAUUUAUUUGUGGUCUAAUUAGGGGCCAAGUCUGUAAAGUUUUGUCAAAGUGAGUUAGAAGUUGUUUUCUUACCAUUUGUGUUUACCAGAGUUGGGAGAUAAGGUAGAGUUUCCAUGAAGGUGUGUAUGUUUUAUAUGAUGUUUGUUAUAGGGCCAUGCAUUGGUAACCUGAAAAUAGACCAGCUUAAUGUCUUCAGGCUGUAAACCUCUGAAUACAUGGCGUCUCUUUUUCAUACGUUGCAUGUAAGUUGUUAGUACCUCACAAGCUACAGAAGUUCAGCCAUUAGAUUUUGUUUGGCAGCAUGAACAGAUUUGUGUAUUAACUGCAAUGGCCUUUUUUCCAGAUUUCCUUAUUGACUUUUUUUUGCCUUAUCUGGGGCUAGUUUUUUACGCUUUGUACCUAGAAAACAAAAAAUUACAUUCACUGGGCUUUUUUUCAAGGUUGGGAUUACCACACCACCCAGAAUAUCAUACUGUGGUUUCUGCCUAAAAUUGGCACAUGUAAGUGUUGAAGAAAAUGGUUAUAUAAUUCAGUUGAAACUCUUGGUCAUUAGAUGUUAGACAUCUCCUGUGUGUAAGACACAAGGCCAACCACAACACAAAACGAUGUUGACCUGUUAAGUAUUCUCUGAAACACGGCCAAAAUGCAUUUUAUUAUGAGCUUUUUUUUUUUUUUUUGCUAUUAUAAAUAUUAGUGGUUUACAAUGUGCUUUAGUCAUAUUUCUUUAAAAUGCAAGCAGUGAGAAAUAAGACCCCUCUGAAAUAGUAGCUCUAAACUGUUAACAUAGAAUGUUACUUGGAAAAAGUCUGGAAUACGUGGUGUACACAAGCAGUGCUUCGUGAAUGAGUUUCUUAGCUUUUACAGUGCACCAUGUUUCUCAAAGUUUGUUUUUGUUGAUAAAACAUUUUAUAAUAUAUAUCUUGUGUUUAUUUUUCUUCCUCAACUAAUUGUGUACUGCACUGUAAGUGGAAAAUUAGCCAUCCAUUAUUUAUCUUCUGUGGCAAUGCAUUUAUAUGGUUGAUUGGGUGGGGGAUUUUUUGCAGAAAGAUGCACAGUGAUUGGAUUUUUGACUUCCUAUCGCAGGGACCUUUUAAGAAAUAUUAAUUUCCUGUACAUUUUUCCUAUCCCCAUGCAAACUGUUCCUGUUUACAUACCUUCUCUGUUGUAUCAGUACUUUGAGUGAGAAGACAGUUUAUUUAAAACUUGAGCAGGCUGUUCAGCAUUGUUUCUGCUUCUCAAAUCUGUAUAGUACACUGGUUUGUAAUCAUUAUGUCUUCAUUGAAAUCCUUGCUACUUCUCUUUCUCCUCGAUGAAAUACAUUAUAUAUUAUCUUUAUGUACUCUUAAGAAAAACGAGCAAGGAAGAGUAUCUUCAUUACUCUCAUUUGCUUUGAGUUGGAAACAAAAAUAUAAAGGACUCCAACUAGAAGAUACUUACAUUUAAAUAGAUUAGUGGGAAAAGUUUAAGAGUUUCCACGUAUUAAUUUUUGUUCUUUGAGUCAAUUAAGAGACUGCUCCUUGUACUGGGAGACACUAGUAUAUGUUUGUAAUGUUACUUUAAAAUUAUCUUUUUAUUUUAUAAGGCCCAUAAAUACUGGUUAAACUUGUUAAAAGUUGGGCUUCUAUCUUGGAUGGUUUCACUGCCAUCAGCCAUGCUGAUAUUUUAGAAAUGGCAUCUCUAUCUACUUAUUUUAAUGCUUAAAAUUAUACAUAAAAUGCUUUAUUUGGAAAACCUACAUGAUACAGUGGUGUCAGCCUUGCCAUAUAUCAAUUUCACUUGAAAUUUGACACCAAUUAAAGUGGUUUAAGGUGGAGAAAGAGGUACUGGAAAGCAUGCAGAUGAGGAUAUCUUUUAUGUCCAACAGUAUCCUUUGCAUGGGAGGAGAGUUACUCUUGAAAGGCAGGCAGCUUAAGUGGACAAUAUUUUGUAUAUCAUUGAGAAUUUUCUUUAUGACACUUUUAAAAAUUGUGUAAUUGUUAAAUGUCCAGUUUUGCUCUGUUUUGCCUGAAGUUUUAAUAUUUGUUUUCUAGGUGAACCUCUGAAAACCAAACCAGUACCUGGGGAGGUUAGAUGUGUGUUUCAGGCUUGGAGUGUAUGAGUGGUUUUGCUUGUGUUUUGGUUGUGUUUUCCUCCAGAGAUUUUGAACUUUUAAUAAUUGCAUGUGUUAUUUUUUUUUAAGUGGCUUUUUUUCAAGUAAAAUUGUGAACAUAUUUUCUUUAUAGGGGCAGGACAUGAGUUAUGGAGACUGAAGAGUAUUGUAGACUGUACAUGUGCCUUCUUAAUGUGUUUCUGGACACACUUUUUUUUUCGUCAACUUGAAAAUUCAAAAGGGACAUUUGGUUAGGUUACUGUACAUCAAUCUAUGCAUAAAUGGCAGCUUGUUUUCUUGAGCCACUGUCUAAAUUUUUUGUUUUUAUAGAAAUUUUUUAUACUGAUUGGUUCAUAGAUGGUCAGUUUUGUACACAGACUGAACAAUACAGCACUUUGCCAAAAAUGAGUGUAGCAUUGUUUAAACAUUGUGUGUUAACACCUGUCCUUUGUAAUUGGGUUGUGGUGCAUUUUGCACUACCUGGAGUUACAGUUUUCAAUCUGUCAGUAAAUAAAAUGUCCUUUAACUUCA